AUGAAUUCAUUUGAUCAUCAAAACAAACGACCUCUUUCACUACAAUAUCAACGUCCGCUCAAAGAUGAUCGUCCAAAUGUAAAACCACCUCCGCCAAUUCAAACAUUUAAUUAUUCUCAUGACGAAGAUACCUCGAGGGAACCUCCUCAAUACGUUCGACAUUCCAUUCCUGAUUCUCUUCAAAGUUAUUUCGAUUGUUACCAACAAGCUCAACGUCAACUAUAUGGACAUGAUGAUAAUGAUUCGAAUGGUCGUCGUCGUGAAUCUUCACGAUAUCCAUCAAACAAUAAUCGUUCGUCAAAGAUCUCAUUUCAAGAACAAUAUCAGGCCAUGAAAAACAAAAAAGAAAUCAUUCGACAGGUAGAGUUGACCAAAGGAAAUUUGGUAUUGAACUGUCCGGUGCCAGAACAAGUCCUUAGAAAUGUUAAGCACGUCUCGGGAGAUGAGUUUACCCAUAUGAGGUAUACUGCAGUAACGUGUGAUCCAAAUGAUUUCACUUCUGCGAAUUAUUCGUUAAGACCACGAAUCUAUGGUAGACAAACCGAAAUAAUGAUCGUGGUGACGAUGUAUAAUGAAGAUGAUCAAUUGUUUAUUAAAACGAUGUCAUCGAUCAUUAAAAAUAUAACUCACUUUUGCUCUAAAGAAAAGUCAAAAACAUGGGGGAAAGGUGGAUGGCAAAAAGUUGUGGUGGUCUUUGUGGCCGAUGGACGUAAUAAGGUUAAUAAAAGAGUUCUUGAUGUACUUGAAGUGAUGGGGGUGUAUCAAGAGAACGUUUUACAAGAUUCCGUAGUGGGAAAACCAGUUACAGGUCACUUAUUUGAAUAUACAUCACAAUUGAUGGUAGACUCGGAUUAUAAUAUUAAAGGGGCAGAUCAAAAUGUUCCACCAAUUCAGAUGUUAUUCCUUUUAAAGGAGAAAAAUGCUAAAAAAAUAAAUAGUCAUAGAUGGUUCUUCAACGCAUUCGCAGCGCAAUUGAAUCCAAAUAUUUGCAUAUUAUUGGACGUUGGAACCAAACCUUCACAUUCGGCGAUUUAUCAUUUAUGGAAGGCAUUUGAUAGGGAUCCCAAUGUUGGAGGUGCUUGUGGGGAAAUUAAAACCGAACUUGGAAGUAAAUGUGUGAAUUUAAUUAAUCCUUUGGUAGCGGCUCAAAAUUUUGAAUAUAAGAUGGCAAACAUUUUGGAUAAACCAUUAGAAUCAGUGUUCGGAUUUAUCUCGGUAUUGCCAGGUGCCUUUUCGGCUUAUCGAUAUAAAGCAUUACUAAAUACGACGCCUGAUUUAGGACCUUUGGCUUCAUAUUUUAAGGGGGAGACGAUGCAUGGUUCCGGAAAUGCCGGUAUAAUUGAAGCAAACAUGUAUUUGGCGGAAGAUCGUAUCUUAAGCUUUGAGUUAGUAUCCAAGAAGUAUGAAUCGUGGAAAUUAAAAUAUGUUAAGGAUGCCAAGGCUGAAACCGACGUACCCGUCACCGUAUCCGAAUUUAUUUCACAACGUCGUCGGUGGUUAAACGGAGCUUUCUUCGCCGCGGUUUAUUCAUUCGUGAACUUUUCAAGAGUUUGGACUUCGGGACAAUCGAUCUUUCGAAAAUUAUUACUCACAAUCAUAUUUAUUUAUAACGCCGUUCAAUUGUUAUAUAAUUGGUUCGCUAUUGGAAAUUUUUAUAUGGCCUUCUAUUUCUUGACGACCUCCUUAAUGUCACCUCAGGGUACAGAACUAAUUAAAGCGAUAUAUGGUAUAGUUCUUCUCACCAUAUUCAUUAGUUCAAUGGGAAAUCGACCUCAAGGUUCCAAAUGGUUAUAUAUGGCAUGCAUCGUUCUAUUUGGCAUAAUUAUGAUCGUAAUAUUGUAUUGUGGAGCUUAUACCGUGUUCGUGGCAUUAAAAGACACCACCUUAGAUCAAUUACCCGCUAAAUUCGAGAUAGCAGAAUUUCGUAAUAUCAUGCUCUCAAUAUCCGCUACCUAUGGUCUUUACACAUUUUCUAGUUUAAUUCAUGGAGAUCCAUGGCAUAUGAUAACAAGCAUAUUUCAAUCCAUUUUAUUAAUACCAUUUUACAUUAAUAUCUUGGUGGUUUAUGCAUUCUGUAAUAUUCACGAUGUUUCCUGGGGUACAAAAGGUGAUAACAAUCAUAAUGGUGGUGGUAGUGGCGCGCAACCCGUUGUUCUUGGUGCAGGUGUUAAGGAUGUUGUGGUACAAGUUAGCGAAAUAAAGAAUAUCGGUGAUACUUAUGAUGAUGUAGUGAUGAAAUUAAAAGUUGGAGAGCCCGAAGGUAAACAAAGUAGGGAUGCGGCUACCAAAAAGAGUGAUUAUUAUAAACAGUUUAGAACUAACGUGGUGUUGACGUGGGUAUUCUCAAAUAUUAUUUUGGUAUUUUUCUUCACCUCGGAGAUUUGGGAAAGUUACAUCAAAAGAACCUAUGGUGAAAAUGCAUAUAAUCCUUAUCUAACAUCUCUAUUCUGGGCUGUUAAUGCUAUUUCAGCAUUUAGGGCAUUCGGUUGUGUUUGGUAUUUGGUCCUUAGAUUAAUAUUUGGGUAA